AUGUCCGACUCAGAAAGCUACCGCUCAGCGUCUCCCGCCAGAGACUUGGGCAACACCAACCCCGACGAGGUGUUGGACGACCACCGCCACCAGGUGUCGCUUCCCGUGCGGGGCAUCGCCCACCCCGAGUCUGCCAUCGAGAGUGGCGACGACGACGAGGCGGCACGCCAGCGCCAGCACCCUCCGCGCGCGUUCAUGAACUCGUUGCGCCGCGACUACAACUUGCACGCCAAUCCUGACGACUACUACGAGGGCGACCCCUACCUCGACCCCAACGACGCUGGAAUUGCGUUUCCCAGAGGCGUUCCUGGCUCGUUGGCAGCAGCCGCCAGGCGCGGCCGUGGCGCCACCGGCCGGUCACAGUCGUUUUCCGAGCAGAUCAAGUCGUUGGGCAACCCCAAGGAGCCUCCUCGCGGCAGCAUCUUAAUGAAGAACCCGUCGGUGCGUCGCUACCGUCGCAGUCUGUCGGGGGUGGAGAACUUGGAGUCCGACUUGGUGAGCCCCAUGACCAAGUCCAAAACCAAUGACAGCGCCAACGACGACAAGUUUGUCAAACGGGACCGUGAGCGUGAACGCGAGCGUGAGCGCAGACCUUCACGGCUGUCCAUCGACAGUGAGGCCGACUCGCAUGCCUCGCGGUCGUCCCAAGAGACCGAGGAGGACGUGUGCUUCCCCAUGCUCCGGGAGCACAUCCGGAUCAAGGGCAUUGACUUUGAUGAGAUCGAGGAAUUCAUCAAGGCCGAAAGAGAAGAAGACGAGUUGGUCAAACAGCAGCAGCAGGUGAUUGCUGACCAGACAGCCUACCGUGUGAGCACCGCCAAGUCCACCGGGUCUGUGCGCGGCCAGAGCACAGCCGCCCUUAAGUACACCCCCAAACACAUUUUGUCCCGGAUCGCAGGCAGAGGCUCGGUAGGCGGAGGAGGUGCCAGCGGCAGCGACGAAAUCUCGGUAGGCUCGUUCCAUGCGAAGCCACCAUCCGACUCGUCAGUCAGCGAAGACGACUACCCCGAGAAGAAGGCGUCACCUCCCGCGGGAGGCCACCACCUCCGCGACGACGCUUCAUCCUCCUCCGGCCAGGUUAAAUUUGGCGGAACCAGAAUCACCGACAGCCACGCCGACCUACCCGAUAGGUUCUCGUUCUUCUCGUCAGAGUCCGAGGAAACCGUGCACGCACCUGACAUCCCAUCGCUCGUGGAGCCAGGCCAGAGUGUGCGCGAAUUGUUCCGCAACGGCGAGAGCACCUGGUGGUUGGACUGCGUGUGUCCUACAGACGCCGAGAUGAAGACUCUCGCAAAGGCGUUCGGCAUCCACCCGUUGACCGCAGAAGAUAUCCGCAUGCAAGAGACCCGUGAAAAGGUCGAGUUGUUCCGCAACUACUACUUUGUGUGUUUCCACACCUUCGAGCCCGAUAAGGAGUCCGAAGACUACUUGGAGCCCAUCAACGUGUACCUCGUGGUGUUCCGCGACGGGGUGUUGUCGUUCCACUUCUCGCCUAUGUCGCAUCCAGCUAACGUCAGGCGCAGAGUGCGCCAGUUGCGCGACUACGUGGAUGUCAGUGCCGACUGGAUCUGCUACGCCCUCAUUGAUGACAUCACCGAUGGUUUUGCACCCAUCAUCACCAGUAUCGAGUACGAGGCAGACGCCAUCGAAGACAGCGUGUUUGUGGCGCGCGACUUGGACUUCAGCAACAUGCUCCAGCGCAUCGGAGAGUCCAGACGCAAGGUCAUGACGUUGAUGCGUCUUUUGUCAGGCAAGGCCGACGUCAUCAAGAUGUUUGCCAAACGGUGCCAGGACGAAGCUGCCCACCACAACGGAGGAACUGGGGGCGUGAGUUUUGGUCCAGGGCCUGGUGCUUCUGCCAACAACUUCAGCAACCACUGGCACUACCAGAACCAGGGCCCAGUGGCCCAGCCCCGUGCCGACAUCGCGUUGUACUUGGGAGAUAUCCAGGAUCACGUCGUGACCAUGUUCCAGAACUUGUUGGCGUACGAAAAGAUUUUCAGCAGAUCACACGCCAACUACUUGGCCCAGUUGCAGGUUGAGUCGUUCUAUUCCAACUUGAAUGUCACCGAGCUUUUGUCCAAGGUCACCAUGAUCGGUACGGUUUUGGUGCCUUUGAACUUGAUCACAGGUUUGUUCGGGAUGAACGUACACGUUCCAGGCCAGGACGGUAGCACUCUCCAGUGGUUCUUUGGUAUUCUCGGUGUCAUGGUGUUUAUUGCCCUCUGUGCCAUCUUGGUGGCCAACAUCUGGUUGAGACGGGUGCAGAACAUGUCCACCGGAGGCGAAGGAAACACCAGCUCGAGACGGUCCAUCAAGAGCUUGGGGUUGCGGAAAUCGGCUGCCAAGUCGGUGUUGAGUUUCCCCAACAAGUAUGAAUAG